AUGAUCAAACCAAGUUGGCGAUCAUUGAUGAUCCACAAGGUCGGUGAUCAUCCGAACCAUUACCACAACAACAGAGUAUUAUUACAUUCUUUGAUCGUGUUCCUAUUGGUACUGAUCUCUUCAUUCGUUGUUCUCGGAGGAACAAGCAACAACAACAAGGCUCAAUCCAAUCAUCGUCGGGAUGGAAAAUCCUUUAAUGCUGAUCUAGAGCCAAGUUAUGGCAGUUGGUCUCCUCUUCAUGAUUCAUCGAAUGAUUAUCCAGUUAUUAAUGCCUAUAUUUUGGCUCAUUCGCAUUGUGAUCCGGGAUGGUUGGAAACAGUCAAUUUUUAUUCGAAAUAUAAUGUUUCUGUCAUUUUGGCGAAUGUGAUCAAGUAUUUAAAUCAAGAUCCAACGAAGAGAUUUGUUUGGUCUGAAUCUGUAUUUUUAGAAAUGUGGUGGAGGAAUAACGCAACACAAGCACAACGAGAUGCUUUUGUGAAUUUGGUCAAUAAGAAGCAAAUUGAAAUUGUGAAUGGAGGAUGGGUGAUGAAUGAUGAAGCUCUUCCAACCUAUGAAUCCAUGAUUGAUCAGAUGACUCAAGGUCACCAAUUUAUCAAGGAAAAUGUUGGAGUGACACCUGUGGUUGUUGGUUGGCAAAUUGAUCCCUUUGGAGCUUCGAGAACCUUUGCUUAUUUACUCACACAAAUGGGUUUCAAAUAUCACAUUUUGGAUAGAAUUGAUGAACGUUUAAAACACAAGUAUACAUCUAUGAAAGAAAGUGGAACCUAUGUCAUUGAAAAACGAUUUGAAUUUAAUUGGUGCCCUUCAAAGUCGGAUCCUACGGCAUGUAUUUUCACACAUGUUCUUGAUCAUCACUAUUCUGCUCCUGAAAUUUGUUUUGAUAACGGUGAAUGUACUGGCUUUGAUUUUGAGGGUGAUCCAAAGGUCAAUCCUCCUAUCACUCCUCAAAAUAUUGAUGAAAGAGCAUCGUUAUUAGUGAGCUAUAUCAAAAAUGUUACAAACAAAAGUUACAGAACCAACAACUUUUUAAUACCAUUUGGUAAUGAUUUUAGAUUCCAAAGAGCUGAUCUCAUGUGGGACAAUAUGGAUAAAUUAAUUUCAUACAUCAAUAGCAACUUUAAUAGAUUUAAGAUUAAUAUGAAAUACUCGACAUUGAGUGAAUAUUUCCAAAGUGUGACAAGUUCUGCUUCAAUAGAAACAUUCCCACUCAAAACUUAUAACAAUGAAUUUGGAUAUAGCGAUUAUUUUCCAUAUGAUACUUGUUGGGGAAGUGACCAUGACCAAUUUGGAAAUUGCAAUGGUUAUUGGUCUGGAUAUUUCACUUCUGAACCACAGUUCAAAGCAGUCAUACGUGAAGGAGAACGAUUUUUGAGAAAUUGCGAAUUUAUAUACACUAUCUGUCAAGCUGAAAUGUAUAAAGUUGGAUACUAUCUAAACAAGGACAUUUCUCAAACAUUGAAAGAAGCAGAAGAGGCAUUACAAGGACUUAGAAAUGGGCUUGCUCUUGCUCUUCAUCAUGAUGCAAUUACAGGCACAGAGAAGCGAUUUGUAUUGAGAAAUUAUACAGACAUUAUUCAGAAUGCUACUGAGAUUGUGAAGAAUAAGGCAUCAACAUUAUUCGAUUACAUAUCUUUGAAAUCGAGUACCCAUAUUCAGUUGAAUGCAUCCAUGGGUGAAAUUUACACACUGGAUACGAUGAACCAAAUUUAUUCAAUGGCGUUAUUUAACUCACUCGCUUGGACUGUUCAAGAAUAUGUUUCCGUUUUGGUGAAGAGUAAGAAUACCAUGGUAUUUAUCAUUGAUGAAGAGAGUGGAAAUUUAUUAGAUCUCGAAUCUCAAGUCGUUGAGGAUGUCAACUCAAACUUGCAUUUGCAUUUCAGAGUGACGCUUCCUCCUGUUGGAUAUUCCACUGUAUUUAUCAUUCAACAACCAAAGCUCUCCAACGAGAAAGAACCCAAUUCUCCUCAGAUCUACAAUAAUACCAUCAUUAUGGAGAAUAACUUUGUGAGUGUCACUUUUGAACUUGUGAAUGGCAAGUUGCCAUAUGUUCUCAAGAGUGUCACAAACAAGUUGACAAGUGUCAGCACUCCACUCUCACAACAAAUCAUGCAAUACACUUCAUUCGGUGAUGGAGCAUAUAUUUUCAGGCCAUUAGGAGAGGCUGUUGCACUCCCAUUUGAAGAGGCCUACGUGGAUUGCAAAUUCUCACAAGGAAAUGUGGUACAAGUAUUAAGCCAAAGAUACACCAAUAAUGUCACACAAACUUUCCUUCUCUACAAUGAAAAUGAAUAUCCAGAUCAAGGAUUAUAUUUUGAUGUCAUUACAAGUGUACAGACACCUGACAACCAAGAACAAAUCAUUCGAUUUUCAAUGGAAAAUGUUCAAACUCAGUUAUAUACGGACAGCAAUGGAUUUGAAAUGAUUGAAAGACCAUACCAACCUGUGAAAUUUAACGACACCUCUCUCUACAAUAGAAUUAGUGGAAAUUAUUUCCCACUUGUGGAAUCUUCAUUUGUGAGAGGUUCCAAUACUCAAUUAACUCUCUUCUCAAAACAAGCAAUGGGAGUUUCGAGUCUUUCCAAUGGAUCGAUUGAAGUCAUGUUAAAUCGAAAUACAUUAACAGAUGAUGACAGAGGGUUAGGUGAAAAUUUGAAUGUCACUCAAGCCAUUGUGAUUCCAUUACGAGUGUUAAUUGCCAACCCUAACGACUCGAAUAAUUUAAGACCAAAAAUUGCCAAACUUUUCAAUCAUCCAGCUCUAAAGAUUGUCUCCAAAUCCAUCUUCAUGCCCACCAAUGUUGCUUCCAUUACAAGAAAAGAUAUUGAACAGGCGAUUGGAGAUUUUUCUUCAAAAUAUAUUGUAAAUCAGAGAUUUGUGAAUGCACUUCCAUCCAAUGUACAUUUAUUAUCACUGCAAACAAGAAGAAACAGUAGUGAUGAGUCAUCAUUCACUGUUCUUAGAUUCCAUCAUAUUUAUGAGAAAUGUGAGAGUCCCAGUUUCUCAGUUCCAGCAAUUUUGUAUCCAGAGUCCAUCUUUUCAAAGUACACUCUUUCGCAAGUGGCAGAAAAAACUCUUUCCUUAAAUGACUUGAUUAAGAAUCGUAUGAACUUUACAAGAGUUGAGCUUGCUCCAGGAAAAAUUAGAACAUUCACAUUAUUGUUGUGGAAAGAGAAUCAAGGUGAUAAUUGGUUUAGCAUUUCCUCAUUCUUAUUUGGAGCGGCUGGAAUGACAGUCAUCUUGAUGGCAGUCGUGGUUUGUAUUAGUGUUGCUGUGAGCUGCCGACGGAAGGAUUACGCAGCAAUGGACGAGAUUAAUGAAUCCACAAGAUUAGCUCAACAUUUUGAGAGAGAUGAUUACGAGGAAAAUACAAUCAAUUACAGUAAAUAA